AUGCUGAAUAAUUAAAACCAGAGAUAUAAACAAGAACAAAUAAAAAUAGGUGGAGGUUAGUUUAUCAACAUCUAGUAAGAAUAUUAAUACAGCAAUUAACCUGAAAAAAUAAAAGUGAUUGCUGAAGAGGAUAUAUUUAAGAAAGACACAUUUUAAUCUGCUCAAGAUAAAUUAAAUCCUAAACUUGAAUUACUGUUUAAUAGAGUUCAGUUUUUAUCAUCAUAAGUGAAUAACUAUGAAAAUCACAAUGAUUCUCUAAAAUAGCAAAUUGAAGAAGAGAUAGAUAGAAAUAGAAAAGAAGAAGAUUGUGUCAAUUCAGCAAUCAAAGAAAUGAACGAAGAUUUAAAAUAUUUAAACGAUGUUAUUCUUUAAAUUGAGGAUAAAAAAGAUUUUUUGAAGAAAGCGAACGAAUAAAUAAAAAUAGUUUAAUUGUCUGAAAAUAAAAGUAUGCAACUUAAAAAAGAGAAUGAAAAACUUAAAGAAGAAAUUAUAGAACUAAAAAAAAAGAAUUUAUAAAGCGAAAAAAAGCAAACAGAAUUGGAGGGAACUUUAAAAGAAAUAAAAGGAGAGUUGAAUAAAAUUAUCUUAGAAAAUUAACAAAUAAAAAAUGAAUACUCAGCUAAUUAAAUAUAGUUCAUGAAGUUAGAGCAAAAAUAUAUUACGUUAAGAUAGGAUCAUGAAAAACUUACCUAUGACUAUUAAAAGCUAUUUCAAGAUUUUAACAAUUUAUAAAAGGAACAUAAAAAAUUAAAAACCUAAAAAGAAAAAGAUUAGCCAAGAAUAAGUGUGUUUGCUCCAUAAGAAAGUUUAUCAUAGUCAUUUUAGAUUCAUAAUGAUACUAUUUAAGAUACACUAAAGCUAAAGGAAAUAGACAGCUAAUAAUAUUCUGAACCUGAUUUAUCAAUAUUUUAAAUUUCUUAAAAUGAAGGUUUGGGUUAGAAUAUUAUUGACAUAAAAAACAAGAGUAAAAUAUCUAAAAGAUAACAAGAUAUUAUAGCACAUAACCUAAUCAAUUAAAAAUGA